CAUCCUCGCAGGAAGUCGGGCAUAUGCAGAAAAUACCCAGAUCAAUCAAAACAAAGAUGUGAAAAUGGCGCGAUUGUUAAGAGUUCAUGUUACAGUUUUUGCUGUGUUUCUUGCAGUUUAUUCUCCAGUGAAUGGAAUCUCAAAUAUUUUCAAAAACUUUCCACCACUAUUUGAUUUGACUUUAUCAAGUAAUGAUACUUCAACGAACAUUGUGAACGUCACCGUUCGCCAAGAUACAAGGGAGAUCUGCAUUCCACUUCUGUUGUUACAUGGUUCAGUUGACCCAGUGAAAAGCGAGUACAAAUCUCAGGAUGUAAUAAGAAUUAUUUGUAAGGAUGGGUACGAAUUGGAGAAUUCCCAAAGCAGUCUUCUUUACUGCUCACAAAAAGGUGUAUGGCAGGUUUUUACUUUGGGGGAUUCCAUUUAUAUCCCAUUGCCACGAUGUAUAGCGAAAAAACCAUGCCCACCUUUACCUGCGUUGAUGCGAGGGAGCAUGCAAAUAGAGGAGGGAGGAGUGAGUGUAGUCACAUCAGAAUUAAGUUCAACUCGUGCAGUCUAUGAAUGUUGGUAUGGUCUGGAACUUGAACCACCAGAGAGUGAAAUUAGAUAUUGUGUCCGUGGAAAAUGGACAGGAGAAAAUCCUUCAUGUGUUCCAGCUAGCUGUCCUCGGCCACCGACCGUUACAGGCGGAUUCUUUGUCGGCAGAGGAGUUGUCAAUAAUGUUUACGGAACCGGAGCUACCGCCAAAUACUAUUGUGAUGAGGGUCACCGUCAGAAAGGUCCACCUCUUCUCACGUGUUCCGGCAAAGAGUGGACACCCAAAGAUCUUCCUGCGUGCGUCCCGAUCGAAUCAUCGGCUAAUGGCGCAUCGUCGUCGUUCAAACAGGAAGCGCGUGGCUGUCCGCUGCCGCCAGAGAUCGCCAACGGCCGCUAUCAGAUGCUUCCGAUGCGCAGGAGUUUCUCGUCGUCGCCGUUCUCGCCGCGCAUCCAGCACUGGAACGGAUCGGCCGCUUCCGGUCCGUCGCUCGUCGCUCCGUCCGCCGCACCACCGACGAUGCCCGUUUACAGUAGCGUCUUGUAUUCGUGCCACCGCGGCUUCCUAAGCGCCGGCUCUUCGCUCAUCACGUGCUCGCCCGGCGGUUGGUGGCAACCGACGCACAACGCGCCGCGUUGUCUUCCCCUCGGCGCUGCUUCUCCUUCCGCCGGAAUUCAUCACAGUUACGGUGGCAACGGAUUGGAGAUGAAGGAGAAUAAUGCCGGCCAAGACGGCGAGGACAAAGCGCAGGGCGAAGAACAAACCCCUGGACCGCUACUCGUCUCGUUCACGACGGCCUGUGGCGUCACGUUCGUCCUCUGCCUCAUUUGGAUGGCGUCCCGCUGGAAAAUCACCUGCCUCCGAUCGUCACCUACUGGCGGUCACCGCGGCCGUCAGGACGAGCAGACGCUCUCCAUUUCGGCUCCGGUUUGCCACCCGGCGACGUCAGCGCCGCAUGGCGGCCGGAGACACCAACCUUCGCUGUGGACGUGGAUCAGCCCGAAUCACAACGACCGGCCAGCUCACCAUCGCGUCCACGACGGCGAUGACGACUCCCUGCCCGCCUAUGAUCGACAAUUGCUGGACCUCGGCCAGACGUCCGAUCAAGAUCGAGUGGCCUUGAUUGCCUACAUGAACGACAGCAACACGAGCAGUCAGGCAACGUUACCUUCGUACGAAGAAGCUGUUCGUUCGGGCACCAGCAGCGCCGCCACGGCUACCAUUUCGAGCGUCUAUUGCACCUGGCCGGUAGCACCGCCGUCUUACGAUUCCAUUCUCAUUUUGGACGAAGCCAACGGUGCCGCCACGACCGCCAGCCAUCACCUCGUCAGCCAGUCGGUAGCCAGUCCAUCAAUCGAUGCGUCUUGCAACAUUUCAUUCGUCCAAAGUGACGAAGCAGCUGCUGGAACGACUCGCCAAGAGGAUAACGACCAAGAAGCGGAUGCUGUUGAUGGGGGGAAAGAUUUGGAAACAAGAUGAAUGGAUUUCGCCUCUGGAGUGGUAGCGGCAGCUUCCCUUUUUGCUACCGGAUAGUCGUCUCUACGAAUAAAACGAAUAAAGUUUUCUGUUAUUGUUUAACUGCUACUUUAAUACCCAC